UUUCAAUUAAUAAUGUCAAAAUUGAUAAAUAAAUGUAAUGUAAAUGGAAUUGAAAAAGUAUACUAAAAAGUAUUCUUAAUUGUACUUUUACUGAAAUUGAAAUAAUUAGCUUCAUUUAACUGUUAUAAGUACGUAGUUAAUAUACGUUGAUAAUAUCUGAACAUUUUUCUAAUGAAAAUUUCUGAUACACUAUAAGAUCUUUAUUCAUUAUUUUAUUGUUAAAAAUGUCUGAAACGGAAAAUAAUAGCACGUCAGGGGAAGACGAUCAGAAAGAAUAUGUGGAGAACGGCAAAAACAAGAUGACUGUUAAGUGUCAAUUCUGUGGUUCCAAAAUAUUAGAAAAGCUAACUGCUAAAUACAUUGCACAGAAGAAAGAACUGCCACUAAUGCAACAGGAUAUCAACAGGAAAGAAGGUGAAAUCCAAAAGGAAAUGUUAAAUGGAUAUUACUAUGUUGAAAACAUGUAUAUCUUUGAAAAUAUUGGUUUUACGCAUCAGGUGGAAGCAUAUAAGUAUUUGACAUGUGCUGACUGUGAUGCUGGACCAGUGGGAUACUAUGAUUUGGACACAAAACAUAGUUAUGUUGCAUUAUCUAGAGUAGUCCAUUGUUAGUACUAAUUCAACCUUUUUGAUUAAAAAAAUCAGAUGAAUUUGUAUAUCUUUGUUUGUAAAAAUAUUACAAAACAGGGCAUUAAUUAAAAAUAUUAAAGAAUGGUAUUAAAAAUUUAUGAAAUUGACAACAUGUCUUUUCAUGAAUUGAGUAGAAAAAUAUUUAAUUACACUCUAGUUUUCUAGAAUGAUUAUCUAUAAAAUUUUUCUAUUUUCCAAUUAAUUUAGCAAAUAUCAAUUUUAGUUUAAAAAAUAUAUUAUUCAUCUGUAUUAAGAAAAUAAAGAGCUUUCUGUAAUGUAAAAUAAAAUGUAAUCUGGAGUACUUAUAUUACAUUUACCGUAAACUAAAUAGCUAUAUUAAAAAGGAAUUAAUCUAUAUGUGGCCUAUAUUUUUAUUUGUACACCAUUUAUGCUUUUUUAAUCAUUUAUAAACUUAUGAUUCCAUUCCAUUCAUCAGGAAUAUAAAAUAGUCACGGUUUAUUAUAAUUUUUUAAGUACCUAUUAUGUUUAAAAAUAAUAUAUGUGUGCUAAUUAUCAUUUUUAUAUUUUACACCUGUAGGUAUUAAGUAGGAUGGUACUUAAUUAUUUUAUAUUGACAUGUAAUAGAAAUAAAAUAUUAAAUUUGGAAUGUAUAUCUGCUUUUAAUGAACAUACUUUUUCGGACCUGUUGAAAUUCUAUAUGACACUGGCAAGAAACAUAAAAAUAUAGACAGCAAUUAAGAAAAUUAAUAUAAUUUUUCUACCAAUGUAUG